CAAUAAAAACCAACAAAAUCUCAUUAAAAUUAAUAAAAAUGGAUUAAUUCCCUGCGGGUUUCGCGGCCGAGCAGCGCCACCACCCCCGCGUGUCCCCAGGAGGGGUGGCCUGGGUGGGACAGGAGGAGGAGGAGGAGGAGGAGGAGGAGGAAGAAGCAGAGGAAGUCCCCGAGUCCCCGCCGGGCACUCGGCAGCCCCGAGGGGUCCCCGCAGCUGCGGGGCUGCUCCGGGGGGGUCCCCGAGAUGUCCCCGAGAUGUCCCCGCUGUCCCGCGGUGCUGCUGGCGCUGCUGCUGGGGCUGGCUCGGAGCGGAGGCUUUCGAGAUCAGGCUGUGACCGUCGGGGGAUCGCUGUGCCUGGUGCCGGAGGAACCCCCGCAGGAAUGGAGGGAGAUGCGCUGGAGUAUAGAAAUGGAUUCAAGAGUGCUGUACACGAUCGUGACAGCCAGCAGGAAUGGGAGUGUCUCGUAUUUCAAAGAUUCUUUCCAUGGGAGAGCCCAAUUCCAUCCGGGAAAUUUCUCCCUGUGCAUCUCCGCGGUUCACAAAGCCGACAGUCGGAUCUAUACGGCUGAUUUCAUUCGUUACUUAGGGUUUGCCCUGGCUUAUUCUCAGUACUUCCGAGUGUCCGUGUGGGACCCCGUUCCAGAGCCAUCCCUGCAAUCCCAAAUCCUCUACCAGAAUCGGGGUUGGUGCCUCCUGUCCCUGCUCUGCUCCAGCCCCGCGAACGGGAGCGUUUCCAUCAGCUGGGAAUGCCCCAAGCACUCCAAACCCACGGAAUUCCCGGAAUUCCCAAAAUGCACGGAAUCCUGGGGAUCCCCAGAAUUCCCGGAAUCCCAAUCCCAGCGGUUCCAGUGGAUGCCAGAAGAUGCUGAACCCCAAAUUUGUCUCUGCAACCUGAGCAACCCCGCGGACUGGAGAGCGGUGCAGACCUUGCUCACCUGCACAGGAAUUCCAUGGAAUUUCAGCUUCUGGGCAGCGCUGGCUGUGGACGUGGGGCUGAAACUGCUCCUGAUCCUCCUUGGGGUCUGCUGGGACUGCCGGAGGAGGAGGAAGGAGAAUUCCCGGGCAGGAGAUCUCUCCUGUUAAUGGCCAUGGAUCCCACUCCAUGACUGACGAAAUUCCGCCAUCAGCUGCUCCACCCAGGGGGAUGAGCCAAGCCUUUCCUACCUGGAUAAAAAUCUGACAUUUGGAACAUCGGAGCAGCCUUUUCCCACUGGAUUCCAGAGGAUGAGAGCUUCCAGACCUUUCUACAGGAUCACAAUUCCAAUAAAAUCUCUUCAUCUGGACUGCUCCCACCACCCCAGCCAGGGGGUGUCAGGUUGGAGUCUGACUCUGGUCAUGGUUUUUUAUUUUUAUUUUAUUUUUAUUUUAUUUUAUUUUUUUUUUGGU